AAUCAGAUUCACUAGGAAACUUGAUAUGUCGUCAUUUCCUUUAGUUAUCUCCUUGGAAUUACUUUUCAGUUAAUAAGAGUGUCUAAGAUAUAAAUACUUUGAAAUAUUGGAAAUUCCUAUCUUGUAAUGUAGAACAAUUCAACAUAUAAGCAAACAUGAUUUGUCUCAGUCGGAUCUUUAUAAGUCAUUGUUUAAAUAUACAGUAAUAUUUAUAUGCAUAUUUAUUAGAAGAUAGUUUGUGAGAUAAUGAUAGUGAAAUAAAUUAAAUAGCUAAGUAAUAAGUAGGACGAAGUGGAGAUUGAUAUUGUGAUGAUAAAUGUGUCAAAAAUGGUCAGGAUACAUUACACAAACAGCACAAUUAUCGGAAACUGAAACAUCAACAACUGGAGCAUUAUCACAAAAUCAGCAAAAAACGGAUAACCUGUGAGACAUAGCAUCGAUGAUUGCUUACAAAAAUGGUGUAGCUAAAACUCCUACCGUUAACGUGACCAAAGGUGGGAAAUUCAGAACUCACUACGGCAAUAAGUUGUCUUAUUAGAGUUUGUAAAAAGAGGUAUAAGAAUGAUCAGUAUGGGGGAUUUGUCGACGUUGUAGCAUAUUCAUAUUUUAUGUGACGGACUGAUCUUAGCUAGAUCAUCAUUGGAAACCUGAAAGUACUGGACGAACAUUUCGUGUCAGUAUAGGAAUCCUCAGCAGUGGAUAUCCACGACACUUCACGUGACAAUCAAACUCAGGACCUCUAUGCUAAUAAUAAACAUGUGUUCACUAGUGAUCAGAUUUAAGAUGUAACUCCAGGAAUUCUAGUGUAUACUCAUAAUAAUAAUAAUAAUAAUAAUAAUAAUAAUAAUAAUAAAACUUUGAAGUGAUGAUCACUGAUGCAUGUGUUGAAGAUGAGACAUCGGAGAAGAAUGUUAUUGAAUUAACUAAUAAACUUUUGAACUUCUUAAAAGCCUCUAAAAAAUGUUUCUAUAUUCAUAAUACUGGCUGAUAAUUUCAAAAUAACCUGGAACAGAUGAAAAAUGUAUUUUGUUUAUGCCAUGAAAAUCUGUCGACAUUGUGAAGGCCAGUUGUUUGUUUCUUCCGACUAACUUAACCAAUCCUCUUACUGUUACAUUUUCAUUUCAGCCAAUUGACUCAUCACACUAGUGACCUAGACGAAACAAAAAUCAAUCUAUUAACAGUUUUUGUGCAUAACACACUCACUCUAAGUAUAUCAGAUUAACUGAUGGAUUUAGAUUUCUCUUAUCUCUCUGUGGUGGAUAGCUCAAAUGAGACUCAACAAUCUAAUACAAAUUAUCUAGGUAAACCUCCAAUAGAACAUGCUUGUUUAUCGAUAGGAAGCUCAAUAAAUUCAAAUAAAGCUGAAUAUAAUAUGGAUGGAAAAAUUGAAACCACGUUGUGUGAAUUUUCCGGACAAUCAGACACACCUUUGAGUGUACCUAGUGUUUUUCCAAAUGUUCCUCUGCUUGAAUCAUGUCAGUUUAAUGACUUUUUUGGAACUUCCAGAGUAUUUGGAUAUGGUGAAUCAGUUCCUUACGAAGAUAUAAUGAAACCAACAUUAACACCUAAAGAGGAUUUCUGUGUUGAACAUGACUGUGAACGUUUAAUGAAUGCUAUGGAUAGAUUAAAGAUUAGAGAAAAAGAAAUCGUUGAUGUAAUGGGUCGUCGAUCUGUUGUUCAACGUAUAGCAAUUCUACAAAAAUAUAAAUUUCUGUAUAUAGACAAUUUAUUCGCCAUAUUUAAUUCUAUAUUAACUGGAUGUUUAAAAGAUUGUUUGAUUGCGUUGUGCUAUACACCAGCAGAAUUUGAUGCAAUAGAACUUCAUAGAGCAAUGAGAGGAACUGAUACUGAUGAAGAUACAAUAAUUGAAAUUCUUUGUACAAGAACGAAUGAACAAAUCAGAAGAAUUAAGAAUGUUUAUCCAAAAUUAUUCUAUGGACGUGAUUUAGAAGAUGAUGUGAACGAUAAUACUGAACAUCCUUUUAAAUCAAUAUAUAUAGCUUUACUGAAAUGCGAAUAGAGAUGAAUUCACAUUUAUAGAUGGAAAUCUUGUACGAAGAGAUGUGGAAGAACUACUUAGAGCAAUGAAACAAGACAUUAAAAUUGAUGAAUCAAAAUUCAUGCCUAUCUUGAUUACACGAUCCUAUGGUCACUUACGAGCUGUAUUCAAUGAAUAUUCGUUACAUAGUGAACGUGAUUUGGAAGAGGAAAUGCGUGGACAUGCAGUCGAUUGUAUACUGUCUAUUGUCCGUUGUAUACAAAAUAGACCAAGAUAUUUUGCUGAAAAAUUAGUCAAGGCUACGGAAAAUGCAGAAAAAGAUUAUGGAACAAUUAAUCGAAUUAUUGUCUCUCGUUGUGAAGUUGAUAUGGGACGAAUUAUGGAAGAAUUUCUUGAUUUAAAGGGAGAACCAUUAUAUAAGUGUAUAGAAUGUUUUAGAAACGACUCAUCAAACCAGAUAAAAUCAAUUAUUGAACGAAUUUAUUGAAUUGGGCACUGAAUAAUUAUCGAUGUCUGUUAUUGAAGCUUAUCAACGGAUAAUCUACUUACCAAUUACAUUAUUAAUCAUAUAUUUACAUUGAUUAAAGUCAUCAAACAAUUACGAAGUUAUUCUGUAGACGUCAACGAUUUCCGGCUUCACAAAAUAUAUUUCUUGACAUGUUUCGAUUCACAAUGAACAAAAGCCAUUUCCUCCUUUAACAAGAAUUGUAUUAACAAAUGAAAAUAUUAUUAUUCACACUUAUUUUAUCUCCUUAUCUCCUCUCUCCGUCUUCUCUCUCCCUCUGUCUUUACCCUAUACUCCAUUUGAUUAAUCUCCUAACAAAAUGUAGUAAUAAGAUACGUUCGCUUAACUAUUCUGCUUAAAUGAAUACAAUUAUUUUGUUAUAAGAUUGAUUUGUUCAAGUUUUCAUUGAGAGGAGUGAGUGGUGUGAAGCAAGUUGAAAGAUAUUAGUUUAUUCAACUGAAUGAUCAUUAGGUUGUUUAUCAUGAGUCCUCCAACAAUUCAAAUCGGAGAACAACAAAGGAGAGAUACAUUCAGUGUCACUUCAAGACUUUUAAACAAAUCAUGCAGCAAAUCAAACCGUGACUUCUUCAUGUUGUGUAUUGACCAGUUAGAAUGAAAUAUGCAUGUUUUAGAAUGCAUUCUGUUUUCGAUCUAGUAAUAGACAUUGAUUAAUCUGGUGAAGACCACCUCGUUGAACGAAUGUAUUUCACUCAACUUCAGUUUACUUAACAUUAAUCCUCAUCCUCCCAAUAAUAUUUUGUGCUGAUUGAAAAAUUAUGUAUACUUCAAUAAAGUAAUUGAUAACUGUAUUCCAGAUCAGUUUGAUUGCUAAAUACUUGAAAGUGCAUUAU